ACUUUUGAAGGCGUUUCAAUGACGAGGCUGGAGGACAUGAAAAGAGGGUUAAGGUGACUGGCUGCUCUGGUGUUAGCGGCAGGUACCAGCUGUUCUUUUCAGAGUGGAUCUAGAAUUCCAGAGAUCAAGCUUUCAGACAAUCCAAUGGCUGACCAAAGGAUGGAUAUUUCUUCUACAAUCAGUGAUUUUAUGUCACCAGGUCCUACUGACUUAAUCUCUAGUUCUCUUAGCACUUCAGGAAUGGAUUGUAAUAGGAAAAGGAAAGGAAGUUCUACUGAUUAUCAACUUGAUGGCUUUUCUUUUGAAGAAGGUAUGGAUACAGACAAAGAUGAUCAACAUGGAAGGUUGGAGUAUACAGACCAACAAGGCAGAAUUAAAAAUGCAAGGGAGGCUCAUAGUCAGAUUGAAAAAAGACGUCGUGAUAAGAUGAACAGUUUUAUUGAUGAACUGGCCUCUUUAGUGCCAACGUGCAACGCUAUGUCCAGAAAGUUAGAUAAGCUUACAGUACUGAGAAUGGCUGUUCAGCAUAUGAAGACAUUACGUGGUGCCACAAACCCGUAUACUGAAGCAAACUACAAACCUGCUUUUCUAUCAGAUGAUGAAUUAAAACAUCUUAUUCUUAGGGCAGCAGAUGGCUUUCUCUUUGUUGUGGGUUGUGACAGAGGAAAGAUACUGUUUGUUUCAGAAUCAGUCUUCAAAAUCCUCAACUACAGUCAGAAUGAUCUGAUUGGUCAAAGUUUGUUUGACUACCUUCACCCUAAAGAUAUCGCCAAAGUUAAGGAGCAGCUUUCUUCUUCUGAUACUGCGCCACGGGAAAGGCUCAUAGAUGCAAAAACUGGGCUUCCAGUUAAAACUGAUAUAACGCCUGGGCCAUCACGGCUAUGCUCUGGAGCAAGACGCUCCUUCUUUUGUAGGAUGAAAUGCAACAGGCCAUCCGUGAAAGUAGAAGACAAGGACUUUCCUUCCACCUGUUCUAAGAAGAAAGCAGACCGAAAAAGCUUUUGCACUAUCCAUAGCACAGGAUAUUUAAAAAGCUGGCCGCCAACAAAAAUGGGACUAGACGAAGACAAUGAGCCUGAUAAUGAAGGCUGUAACUUAAGCUGUCUUGUUGCAAUUGGACGGUUGCAUCCUCACGUAGUUCCUCAGCCAGUAAAUGGAGAGAUAAGGGUUAAGCCGACAGAGUAUGUUUCUCGACAUGCAAUUGAUGGGAAAUUUGUAUUUGUAGAUCAGAGGGCAACUGCCAUUUUGGCAUACUUACCACAGGAACUUCUAGGUACUUCAUGUUACGAAUACUUUCAUCAAGAUGAUAUAGGACAUCUGGCAGAAUGUCAUCGACAAGUUUUACAGUCAAGAGAAAAAAUUAAUACUAAUUGUUACAAGUUUAAAGUCAAAGAUGGAUCUUUUAUUACACUGAGGAGCUGCUGGUUCAGUUUCAUGAACCCGUGGACCAAAGAAGUAGAAUACAUCGUCUCAACUAACACAGUGGUUUCUACCAAUGUACUUGAUGGUGGAGAUGCAACUUUUCCACAGCUUGCAGCUUCGCCGCACAGCAUGGACAGCGUACUCCAGGCUGGAGAAGGUGGCCCGAAGCGGGCCCUUCCAACUGUUCCUGGAAUUCCAGGUGGAACAAGAGCUGGAGCUGGUAAAAUUGGUAGGAUGAUUGCUGAAGAAAUUAUGGAGAUUCACAGGAUAAGGGGCUCUUCGCCCUCCAGCUGCGGCUCUAGCCCACUGAACAUGACCAGCACCCCUCCCCCUGACACUUCCUCCCCGGGAGGGAAAAAGAUUUUGAAUGGUGGAACUCCAGACAUUCCUCCGGCCAGUUUACUAUCAGGACAGAUUCAAGAUAAUCCAGGCUAUCCAUAUUCUGAUAACUCCUCCAUUCUUGGGGAAAACUCUCAUAUAGGCAUUGAUAUGAUAGACAACGACCAAGGCUCCAGCAGCCCCAGCAAUGACGAGGCAGCGAUGGCAGUUAUCAUGAGUCUUCUGGAAGCUGAUGCAGGUCUUGGGGGGCCUGUAGAUUUUAGUGACUUACCAUGGCCCUUGUAAAUACUGCCCCCAAUACCUUUGACAUCUGGAUAUAUCCAUUUGCAUUAUUGGUGGAGUUCUCCAAUCUGUGAAGCUUGUUGAAUUGCUUUGAUGUUUUAAUUUCAUAAAAGCCAUAUCAAGAGAACAGUCAUUCUUCUAUGCGUAAUUUCAGACCAAGUGGAGAUCAACCCGCUACAGUGUCCCCACAUCAUUGAUUUGGUUAGCCUGUGUAUAGCCUGCACUAACUGUAUAUUUUGAAUUCUGUUCUUGUGUUGACU